AUGCAACGAUUUUUGGCAACUUUUCUGUUGGUCUUGGCUCUGGCAGGUAAUUACACUCUUUUUUUAUACAUUCUUUUUUUUUCAACAUUUUGAUUUUAAAAAGAGGUCCAAAACAUUUUUUUUUCGUUGUACGUACCUAAGAUCACUUUGCAUUUAAUCUAAUCCUAUCAAUUAAUGUUCUCGUAUUUCGAAAGUCACGGUCGCAUUUGGAAUGGCUAAAAGCGUCACGGCUCAAAAAUGAAGUAUUUUCAGAAGUGUACCAAGUCCUGCGCGCUUUAAGCCAUUCCAAAUGCGGCCAAAAGCAAUUCAGAGAAAGGCUAGUAAUCAAGAUUUACGAAUUCUAUUUGGGGUUCAACAUGCGAGAACGCUUGAAUUUCAAAAAAAUGGCUUUUUUUAUUCAUAGAUCAAUUUGCAACUAUAUUAAUUUUAAAAAUUUUAAAUCUGAAAAAUUCCACCUUCUAAAAAUUAUUUCAUACUAUUUUAGGAAGCUCAAUUCAUGCACAACAAGUUUGUUCAGACGCUCAAAACGCUGUAAGUACAAUUUCAACCUUUUUUUAUUAUACGAUUCUCAUGGUUUUGAUCAAUUUCUGAAGUUUUCAAGGUCUUCUUGUAUUGAUUUGAAAAAAAAUUACAGCAAGCCAAAAUCUGCUUCCAAAACUACCUGAACAACUACAAUUUGCCGAGCAUCACCUUUCAAAAUUUCAUCAACGCUAGGGUCGAUUACUUUGGCAGAACCGGAAAGGAUGGCUUCCGGAAGAGUUGCACGUAUGUUUCCAGAAAAAAAGAAACAUCUUGAUGAAUUUGUAGUUUUGGGGAUCUUGAAAAAAGGUUAGAAUGGUUUUAAAAUUUGGAUUUGAGACUCGAAUUGAAGAAAAUUUUUGGUAGUAAAAUUAGAGACGCGAAAAAUCAGAAAGUAGCUAAACGGGGUUUCUGAGAGAACGUCCUUUCUCGACUCUUACUUCCAAUUUUUUUAUCUGGAUUAUUUCAAAUUUCGAACUGACCUGGAGAGCCGUCAUAGACUCGGAACGGCUUCUCGAUAAAUAUUUCCUUUUGAAUUUCGUCUUUUUUAACUUUGUCCCUUUUUUUUCUUUCUUUCGCAAGACUAUAAUAUAGCUGAUUCACGGCUGGUUUGAGCCAUCAAAAAAAAGGGUGACGACACGAUCUGAAAAGACGGUUCUCGUCUAAUGGAGAGCGCAGAUAGGCCACGCCCCUUUACGUCUCAAGUUAGCAGUGAAUCGACUAUAUGUACUCUUCAUUCGUUUUAUUGUUUUAGUCAUAAAUUAGGCGGUAAAAAAGAACUUUUAAAGCUAUAACUAAUUUGGCGAACUAGAAGUCCAAACGUGUAGUUUAUCAAGUUGAAAGCAUGGCCUCGUUCUUCUGCGCGUAGUCCAUCCAGUUGCAUCUUGACAAGCUCUGAGUACAGCGAAUUUUGUGCUGGACCCCGGAGACUGUGCUCUAGGUAGAAGCCUCGAAAUGAUAGCGACAACUUAACAUGAAAUUGUCCUAAUCAUUGUUCGCAGAUGGCAAACCGCCCUGAACCAAUGCCUGAGCAACAUCAACCUGGACCUUUGCUUCACGACCCAAAGCUACUCCAACUGGUUCGGCACGACCCUCGACGACUCCUACUCCUUCCAUUCCUUCUUCUUCAUGACCAAAUACGAGUGCGGAGAUGCUGAAGGCGGUGAGAAAAGGAUUUUUGGUCGAUUAAUAACUUUGAAAGCUUACCUAAAUUUUGGAAUAAACCACAAUUAAAUAAAUUUAUCUUUUUUUUACGCUAGUCAUAGAACUUUGAAAGUUAUCAACUAGACGCCCCAACAAAAGGGAUUUCAACGAAGGACUCACAUGGGUUUUAAAUUUUCGAUUCAUUAAAACUAAACUUACCUUGUGAGGAUUUGCCUUUUGAAUAUACUUUAAGGGAUUUGUUAACGUAGAUCAGUCAACCUUACCGUUAUUAAAUAUUUAAUACAAUGCUUAUUUUCAGCCAUCGAGAACAACUUUGAUUGUAUCCGUGAGGCUGAAACGAAAAACGCGGCAAAUAUGACGAACUGUUGGACCAGCUACAGCAACCGCGGCACUACCGGCGUUGACGUUUGCAAGUGAGUCGAAAAUUCAUUCCAUUCUUAGGAACUACUUUAUAGGGUAACUUUAGGGGCCCUCGACGGUUCUCCCUCUAGGAACCUCAUGUAAAAGCCACUGAACCUUUCAAAAGUGGCCCCUGUAGGGGACAUGAUUGUCGCUUAUUGUUAUGAACUCUAUUAGAAGCAGAGCCAUCAGAAAAAAUUGAUAAAUUAUCAUUAUUUGAAUUUUAAGGCUUAGAAGACACACCUUGAAUGAUGAAUCGCUAUAGAAACCACCCAAAUUCUCCCAUAGGGGACACUUUUUUUCCGCAGUAUGGGACACCCAUCCCCAUAGUGGCCAUUGGCAUUCUUAGAUACACCAAUAACCUUAGACAAGUAGGAAAUAUCGGUUUUUAGAUCCUACGACAUGUUCGUCUCGUGCAUCGACGACGCCUACGUGUCUGUGUGUGGUGAGGGCAUCCGCCAAUAUGUCUGCAAUUUGGCCGAAAUCGGGUUCGAGGUGAGGAAAAAAAAAGAUGAAUCAAUGAAAAAAAUUCGGUUUGCAGGCCAACUUCAGCGGCUGCAACACGGUCCUGCAACAGUGCAAGUCAGCGUUCAGCAAAUUCGGCCUCACCGCCUUGAUUCUUGUCUUUCUCCGCAAUAUUUUCAUAUGA